AUGGGCUGCUGUGGUUGUGGAAGUUGCGGCGGCGGCUGCGGCGGGGGCUGCGGCGGGGGCUGCGGCGGCGGCUGCAACAGCUGCAGAUGCUACCGGGUGGGCUGCUGCACCAGCUGCUGCCCCUGCUGCUACGGCUGCUGCGGGGGCUGCUGCAGCGUCCCCGUGGUCUGCUGCCACCGCCGCACCUGCAGCUGCAACUCGUGUGGGAAGGGCUGCUGCCAGCAGAAGUGCAGCUGCCACAAGCAGUGCUGCCACUAG